CUGAUGAACAAACUCAGACCGGGUCUGACCGCUCGAACCGGAUUAAACUGGGAUGAAACCGGAUUAACGGGGGAUUGAACCGGACUAGAGGCGCAGAGGAGGAGGAGCGGGACUCGAACCGGAGCAGAAGUCAGAGUCUGGACCAGGAUCCGGAUCAUGGAUCAUUAGACCCGGACCCGGAACGGAUGUGGUCUCCAUGGAGACGGGAGGAUCUCAGAAGUGAUCGUGUGUAGAUUGUUUAUUGAUCACCGGAAUGGGCGCGCUCCCGCUGCUGCUGCUCGCGCUCUGGACCUGCGGGCACGCCACCCCCCCCCGCUCCUACAGCCUGUACACCGGCGGGCACGCGCACGGAGGCCGCGCGGCCAGCAGACACAGGAACUGGUGUUCGUUUGUGGUGACAAAGACGGUGAGUUGUGUCGUCGAGGACGGAGUCGAGACGUAUGUGAAACCUGAUUAUCAUCCCUGCAGCUGGGGGAGCGGGCAGUGCAGCCGGGUGGUGGUCUAUCGGACCUUCAUGAGGCCGCGGUACAAGGUGGCGUACAAGAUGGUGACGCAGAUGGAGUGGAAGUGUUGUCAUGGCUACAGCGGAGAGGACUGCUCCCACGGUCCAGCUGCUGGAGCAGGAGCCCAGGUCUCCACCUUCAGACCCCAGCCCCGACCUGAACAUGGAGGAGGGACGGGAGCUGGAGGAGGGACGGGAGCUGGAGGAGGACAGAGAAAAGUUGAGAAUGAGAAGAUGAGGCAACUGGAGGAGAAGAUCCAGAGUCUGACCAGGAUCGUCCAGGACCUGCAGUCCACCAUGAACAAUCCAGGAGGAGGAGGAGGAGGAGGCUCGUCAGGAGGAAGAAACCCUGCUGAUGCUGCUCAGCCAGAGAUCAAAGAGACGAUUCACAGUAUCCAGACCAAACUGGACCAACUGGACAAUCGCACACAGGCUCAUGAUAAAAACCUGCUCAGCAUCAACAACCACCUGGUGAACGGGAAAACCAACGAUCUGGACGGAGGUUCUUCUGGAGGAGGUCUGAGCGGAGGGAAGCUGAACUCACUGAAGGAGGAGAUCCUGAGGGAGCUGGAGACCAGGGUGUCGCUGUCCUGCUCCUCCUGUCAGGCCGGCGUGGAGGAUCUGCGGCGACAGCAGCUCCAGGACCGCGAGCGGAUCCGAGCUCUGGAGAAGCGUCUGAACGUCAUGGACGCUCGUUAUGGCCAGGGCCUGGACGGGCUGCGGCGGGACGUGCUGCGUCUGCAGGGAUGCUGCAACACUGUCGAGGUUCUCCAGAACCGCAUCACCGAUGCUGAACGUAAGAUCAGCUCGGCCUCAGAGAACUUGGACGUUCUCCAGAAGCGCCUGGAGGAGACGCUCAGCGGAGCAGGAGGCAGCAGCCAUCCGGACAGUGGGACCCAGGGAGGAGCUUCUGGUGGUCGCGGUGGAAUCGGUGGCGGUGGAAGAGAUGUUGUGGUGACCGAGGACAUGUUGGACAGUCGCCUGAGAGACAUGGAGCGGAGGGUGAACAACACGGUGCAGCAGACCGAGAAGAGCUGCUCCUACCUGGAGAACGACCUGAAGGACUACGCCCACAAGGAGGUGAAGGACCUGAGGACGGUGUUCCUGGACCGGUUCGAUGACCAGGACUUCAGGAUCGCAAACGUGGAGCUGGACGUGAGAGACCAGAACCAGAGGCUGCUCCAGCUGGAGAACAGCACCUCCCUCAUCACCAGGAGGCUGGAGCACUGCAGCUGUGCAGGAGGAGGAGGAGGAGGAGAGGGAGGAAGCUGGGGGCGAGCAGGAGGAGGAGGCGAGGGAGGAGGUACCAGGGGAGGAGGAGGAGGAGCAGGAGGAGGAAACACCACGGAGAAGUCUCUGGCCUGGAGAGUCGUGAACAACGAGGAUAAGAUUCAACAUUUCAACACUCGACUCAGAGACCUGUCGGUGUCCGGAGACUCUCUGUACGACAAGGUUGUGGACCUGAGUCACGACGUCCGUAAGAUCAAAGCCGUGACGGGCGACCACGGCGAACACUUCACCAGGAUCGUGACGGAGGUGGAGACGCUGGGACACGACUGCGACCUCUGCAGGAAGGUGGAGGAGGAGCUGCGGAGGCUGAGGAAUCACUCCCAGGAUGCACUGGGGCGCAUGCAGAGCCACAUCAACAGACUCCAGACCCGACUGGACUCAGGGAAAGAUGGCUGCCUCCAGAUGUGUUCACACCUGCAGGAGGACGUCCGGCUGCUGAGAGACGACGUCAGGAGGUGUAACUGUGGUGGAUCUGGUGGUUCCGGAGGUUCUGGUGGUUCUGGUGGUUCUGGCAGCUCUGGAGGAUCUGGUAGUUCUGGUGGUUCCGGAAGUUCUGGUAGUUCCGGAGGUUCUGGCAGUUCUGGCAGCUCUGGUGGUUCUGGUAGUUCUGGUGGUUCUGGUAGUUCUGGUAGUUCUGGUGGUUCCGGAGGUUCUGGCAGUUCUGGAGGUUCUGGUGGUUCUGGUCCCAGUGAAGGUGGACCUGGGCUGGAUUCUGCGAAGCCACUAGACGGCCACAGUGUGAUCGGAGGCUCGAUCCACAACCACCAGCUGAAGACGCUGCAGGGCGAACUGUCCGAGGUCGUCCUCACGUUCAGCUCCAUCAACGACACCCUGAAGGGAAUCGAACACACGAUGCAGAAGCACGGCAGCGUCAUCACCGACCUCGGAAACACCAAAGAUAAAAUCAUCUCCGAGCUGGACAAGAUCCAGCUGGAGGUGACGGAGCACAUGGAGGAGAGCCGGGACCGACUGGACGGGUUGGACCGGGACGUGCGGCGGUUCGAGAGCACCCUGCUGGUGGAGAUGGGCGACUGCAGGAGGUCCGGAGACGGGCUGGAGAAGAGGCUGUCCAAGCUGGAAGGCGUCUGUGGGCGACUGGACGGCGUCUCGGACUCGAUCCACAAGAUCAAGGAAGGACUGAAUCGCCACGUGUCCAGUUUGUGGACGUGUGUCUCUGGUCUGAACGACACCGUGGUCCAUCACGGAGGAAUCCUGGACGUGAUUCAGAAGAAUCAGGACGACGUCCACGGCCGGAUGAAGAACCUGAACUCAAGCGUCAGCCACGUCCUCAGAGAUCUGCAGAAUUUCUCUGAGCAGGACGUGAGCGGCCGGCCUGGACCCCAAGGACCCCCAGGUGAAAGAGGACUCAAUGGGCUGCCGGGCCCCCGGGGGCCCCCCGGACCUCUGGGACCACAAGGACACACCGGAGCUCGAGGUUUUCCUGGUCCCAAAGGGGAAACAGGUCUCUCCGGUGCUGAUGCUCAUGUCCCCAGACUGUCCUUCUCGGCCGCCCUCACCUUCCCGGUGGACAAAGCCGGGACCAUCGUCUUCGAUAAGAUCUUUGUGAACGAAGGAGAUUUCUACGACCCGAGAACAGGUGUCUUCACCGCCCCAGUGGACGGACAUUACUUCUUCAGCGCCGUCCUGACGGGUCAUAAGAACGAGAAAAUCGAGGCAGUUCUGUCAAAGUCUAAUUAUGGGAUGGCCCGCGUGGACUCUGGAGGCUACCAGCCCGAAGGCCUGGAGAACAACCCCGUGGCCGAGGCUAAGAUCACGCCAGGCUCCCUCGCCGUCUUCAACAUCAUCCUGCCGCUGCAGGCCCGGGACACCAUCUGCAUCGACCUGGUGAUGGGGAAACUGGCGCACUCCGUGGAGCCGCUCACCAUCUUCAACGGGAUGCUGCUGUACGAGGACAUGUGACCAGCUUGCCAUGACGGCGCCGGAGAACCAGACCGACAGGAACAGGAAGUGUGACGUCAGAGGGUUCAACCCUGAACCUUAAUGGCCCUGACCCUGACCCGGACUCUGACCCUGACCCUGACCCUGAUUGACCCUAAAUGACUCUGACCCUGACCCUGACCCUGAAUGAAUCUGACUCUGACCCUGAAUGACCCUGACUUAGAGGUUAUGACAGAAUAUUUUAAAUGACGUUAUUGUUUCUAGAGUCUUUACGUCUCUGUACAUGUGGACGCCAGCAGCAGUUGAACUGAGCGACUGCUUUAGUCCAAUCACCUGAUGGGAUGUGGUCACAUGACCUCAGAGCAGCACUGUGAGGACACGACUGUAAACCAGGACUCACUGACGCCUGCUGCUACUUGAAUCUUCUAAACACCAACUUCCUGUCGUAAAGAAUAACAGAAUUAACCGUUUGAAGCAAUACUACCCCCCCCUACAGGCAGCAUAGUUCACUACAGCCACAACAUACAACUUUUUCUUUUCUGAUUCUUCAAGUUUGAACAAUAGUGCAUCAAAACCUGCAGAAUGUGACCAGAAGGUGGCGCCACAGGAGAGAUCGUCUGCAUCUAAAAACAAGAUCUGGACAUUUAUUGAUUAUCUGAUUGGUCGAUAUUUCGAUCCCUGUGUGUGGUUGAUGAUCUGAGUCAGAGACACUGAGACGUUUGGACAGAGCGAUGAUCCUCAAGCUCCGCCCUCAGCAGGUCAAACGUUGCCGUGGCAACACGUGAGAGUUUAACUUUGUAUUUGAUGAAAAACCAAGAAAACGUUUUGCUUUAUAAAAGCAGAAAAUGUUUUCUUUUGAAUUUUAUAGGAAGUGAGUUCACAUUGUGAAUGUUUUUAUAUUGAGCUGCACCUUCUCUUGUUUUAAUUGUGUUAAUUUUUGUUUCUGAGUUUUUAAACCAUUAUAACAAAAUGUCACUUUUAGCGUGUGUUAAAGAACAAAGGCCAUAAAAUACACCAUAUUUUCUUAUUGUCAACAAAUCACAUUAAAGAGCAGCAGUGGAGGAGAAACGUCAGAAAACCACACUGUAAAAAUACAAAGAGAAGUUUUUAUUUUAAGUGUUAUUUAAGUAAACAUAAAAAAUAUUUAUCAUUUAAAUGUUUUAUAUUUUUUAAAUGUGUAAAAUCGUAUUAUAUUUUAUAGCUGUGCGCAAAUACACAUACACACACAUACACAUACACACACACAAAUAUUAAACUCAUAUUUAGAAUCUGACUGAUAAGAACACCAUCUAUAAGAUUAAAUAAGAUAAGAUAAAAUAUGAUAAGAUACGAUAAGUUAAAAAUAGAUAAGAUAAGAUAAUCGGUCCUCUGGUUUUUGCAAACAGAAACGAUGCGUUUGUUUAUUUACAUGAACAACGAGGAAAUGAGUUUUGACCACAAGGGGUCAGUGUAGUCACAUUCUAACAUCAGGUGUGAAAAGAACUUUAGUUCAAUAUGUGAGUAAAAGUACUCAGUUACUGUUGUUACUCUAAAUAAAAUCUCAUCAACAGACACAUUAUUAAAACUGUUAGUUUGCUGCUGAACAUGUGAUUUGUUGACAAAAAUGAAAAUAUUCAUUGUGAACGGAAAGAGUUUAAAUCUGAUGUUAAACAAUCAUCACUGAGACGUAUGAAGGACCAACACACACACUCACAUACACACACUCACACAUACACACAUACACACAUACACACAUACACAGACACACACGAUGGUUUUUGCUCUAAUGAUCAUUUCUCUAAGAACGACGUAUGAAUCAUGUAUUUCAACUAAACCUUCUGUUAUUUAAUGACUUGAUCAGAAGCUGAUGUGAGGAUGUGUGAUGGUUUCUUAUCACUGACGUGUUUGUUUUCACUCUUCACUGAAUAAACUGAUGAACCAGAUAUUUAUAACACGUAUACUUUAACUAUCAUCUUCAUCUAGUCCGAGAGGAGGAGUCACUUGUGUUGGAGUGAAUUUUAAAGUUUAUUCUCCGACAGGUUCCAGCUUCACUUCUCAUGUUAAAUCACACUUUUGUAUCCAAUAAAUUUCACUGUCAUUAAAACACGAGUGAAACCAAA